GCGCGAUUUUUGAACCGGAUCUGGCGGCGCGGUUCCACACUGCCGUUAGUGAGGAGCGCCGCGAGCCGACAGCAGCCCUCCUGGGGCGCGGCGGCCGGAGAGUGAGCGCCUCGGGCCGGUCGGAGUUGCGUGUGCGCGGGACCGGGAGCCUCGAAGAUGGAUACUACAGUGGUGAAUUUGUGGACUCUGUUUGAGCAACUUGUGCGCCGGUUGGAGAUUAUCAAUGAAGGAAAUGAGAGCAUUGAAUUCAUCCAGGUUGUGAAGGACUUCGAGGAUUUCCGGAAGAAGUGUCAAAGAACCAACCAGGAGCUGGAGAAAUUCAAAGAUCUGUUGUUGAAAGCAGAGACCGGGCGUAGUGCUCUGGACGUUAAGCUGAAGCAUGCGCGUAAUCAAGUAGAUGUAGAGAUCAAACGGAGACAGCGAGCUGAGGCUGAAUGUGCAAAACUGGAACAACAGAUUCAGCUGAUUCGAGAUAUACUCAUGUGUGACACAUCUGGCAGCAUUCAGCUAAGCGAGGAACAAAAAUCAGCUCUAGCUUUUCUCAACCGAGGCCAAGCAUCCAGUGGCAACCCUGGGAACAAUAGACUGUCAACCAUUGAUGAAUCUGGUUCCAUUUUAUCAGAUAUCAGCUUUGACAAGACUGAUGAAUCACUGGACUGGGAUUCUUCUCUGGUGAAGAAUUUCAAAAUGAAGAAACGAGAAAAGAGGCGCUCCAACAGCCGACAGUUCAUCGAUGGUCCUCCUGGUCCUGUAAAGAAAACCUGUUCCAUUGGCUCUACAGUAGACCAGGCAAAUGAAUCAAUAGUUGCAAAAACUACAGUGACUGUUCCGAGUGAUGGUGGACCCAUUGAAGCUGUAUCUACUAUUGAGACAUUGCCAGCUUGGACCAGGAGUCGGGGGAAAUCAGGUCCUUUACAACCUGUGAACAGUGACUCCGCGCUGAACAGCAGGCCUCUGGAGACAAGAACCGAGACAGACAGUUCAGGCACACCUCACAAUAAUGGAGGCAUGCGCCUACAUGACUUUGUCUCAAAGACGGUUAUUAAGCCUGAAUCUUGUGUUCCCUGUGGAAAGCGAAUCAAAUUUGGGAAGCUGUCUCUGAAGUGUCGAGACUGCCGUUUGGUCUCUCACCCAGAAUGUCGGGAUAGAUGUCCCCUUCCCUGCAUUUCUCCCCUGGUGGGAACUCCAGUUAAGAUUGGAGAGGGAAUGUUGGCAGAUUUCGUGUCCCAGACUUCUCCAAUGAUUCCUGCUAUUGUUGUCAGCUGUGUGAAUGAGAUAGAGCAGCGAGGCCUGACUGAGGCAGGCUUAUACAGGAUCUCAGGCUGUGACCGGACAGUAAAAGAGUUGAAAGAAAGAUUCCUCAAAGUGAAAACUGUACCCCUCCUCAGCAGAGUGGAUGACAUCCAUGCCAUCUGUAGCCUCCUGAAAGACUUUCUUCGAAGCCUCAAAGAACCCCUUCUGACCUUUUGGCUAAGCAAAACCUUUAUGGAGGCCGCAGAGAUAACAGAUGAAGACAACAGCACAGCCGCCAUGUACCAGGCUGUCAGUGAGCUGCCCCAGGCCAACAGGGACACAUUAGCCUUCCUCAUGAUCCACUUGCAAAGAGUGGCUCAGAGCCCGAGCACUAAGAUGGAUAUUGCCAACCUAGCUAAAAUCUUUGGCCCUACAAUAGUUGCCCAUACUGUGCCUAAUCCAGACCCAGUGACAAUGUUCCAGGACAUCAAGCGUCAACUCAAGGUGGUGGAGCGCCUGCUGUCUCUGCCCCUGGAGUACUGGAAUCAGUUCAUGAUGGUGGAACAAGAGAACAUUGACAUCCAGCGUGGCAAUGGAAACUCAACACCACGGACGCCAGACAUUAAAGUGAGCUUCCUGGGGCCUGUGACCACUCCUGAAUUCCAACUUGUCAAGACUCCUGUAUCAAGUUCCCUGUCACAGAGAUUGUACAACCUCUCCAAGAGCACUCCCAGAUUCGGGAACAAAAGCAAGUCGGCCACCAACUUAGGUCAACAAAGCAAAUUUUUUCCUGCUCCAUACCUCAAGUAAAGCCAUUUCUGCCCAGUGUCCCAGCAUUUACUACCCACAGGACACAGCUGUUUGUUCUGCAGCCUCCUGUGCAAUUAGUACUUUUAGCCUUUUCCAGGCUUUAAAUAAAGUUUCAUGUGCAUGAGUUUAUUAUUAUGUAGCCCUUCUCGCCUCUGCUGACUUAGCAGCACUCUUUAGUUGUUGGCAUCUUUACUAGGGUGGAAGGGCAGUAGGCAUUGGUUGUGACUCUUUGCGGGGAUCCCUUUGGCUUAAAAGCCAGAUAGAUACUGCUCAUAAGAUGACUUUCCUUUGGUGUCACUUAGACAAUUAUGGAAAACUGAGUUGUCUCAGGACAAGAAGUUGUAGGACAGAACAAAUGGACAGAGGGUUCAGGAAGAGGCCCCUUCUCAGAACCCAGCCCCCAUGCUCCUUUAGAAACCAAGCUGUGGCAUGGAGCCCUCAGUGGGCUAGAUUGAGUGUGCUUUGAUUUCAUUUGGGUUCACAGGUCUGUGUUGUAGAAAGGGCCGCAGUCUGCGAUGCUACACCUCAUAGUUUGUAGUUGGCUUCUGGACAGGUUUUUGGAGUUGAUUGGGGUAAAAGCCAGAUUGAUCUAAAGCUAAAUUCAUUCUGGUGAGUGACCCUCUUGUUCUGUUUUAAAAAGUCAGUGUGCAAGUCAGCUAGCAAUUCAGAAGACGCUCACCGUUCUCACGUGGCAGAGCAGCUAGUUGUUUCUGUCUUUGCACUUUGGUUGGUGAACUUUUCCCGUGACGCAGACGCAUGUAGGUGAAUGUUGGCUUUUUGAUUAGCAUUUUCCUAGGAUCUAAAUGGCUUCCUUCCCUAGGAUGUUUUCUGACUCAUACUCUUAUUUGUAAGACACGUAUUUGGAAUAUGAUAUGGAAAAAAAUAAAUAGUUUUUUCAAAACGAA